AUGUCAACUAGAGAAAUUUACUAUUCAGAGAAAUACUAUGAUGAAGAACAUGAAUACAGGCAUGUUGUGUUGCCCAAGGAAUUGGUUAAAUUGGUACCGAAGAAUCACCUCAUGUCUGAAGACGAAUGGAGGAACAUAGGAGUUCAGCAGAGCCAAGGAUGGGUUCACUACAUGACACAUCAACCUGAACCUCAUAUUUUGUUGUUCAGAAGAAAGAAAACCACUCAACCUGAAAAGAAGUAA